GUUCCUUCUAACACUACUUCUGUAUAUUAAACUCCACAUGUUAAACGUUUGAACUGCACAGUCUUCUGUAGAUCAAUUAUGGUUUUUAUUAAUAUUCCCUCAGGAAGUCAAGAGAACAAGAACAAUUCUGUUGAUUUCGUCUGCAUUGAACGAGUUUAAACGAGGGUGGAGGCUGGAUUAUAAAGGAUCAGUGAUGGUUCGCUUAAACGGGAAGCCAUGUUGUUCUUGCGAAGGCAUUUAUGAACGGAUAUGUUGAGUUACUAUUGGUUUUAAGCUAUACGGAAAUCGCAAAAAUGUCUCUCUAUGGAGAUGCAGAUACUGAAAUCCCUCUGUGUCCAUCACGUUUCCAUGUUAAGCUACAGAAUGGCUGUAAGGAAAUACGCUUGCUGAUCGCUUAUCGUGGUAAUUGGUCGGUACUAAGUAUUCUCUAUCCGGAGCCAUGUUGAGGGCGUUAUGUGUAAAUGACACUCUUUUUCUACGAAUUGGCAACUGUUUUAUUCAUUAAAUACAGUACAAAGCGGUAAAGCGUAUAACUCGUGCUCCGCCUGUCAUGGCGAAGCACCCAAUAUUUGUGUGGUCAGUACGACGAAACCUCAACCAACCUCAACGCUUGUAGAAGACAAAAAUUCAAACCUUUUUCGCAUUUUUGCGCAAGGUACGGAUGAACGUUGAGUCUAAAGUUCUUUUCUACUCAGGGUUUUAAUUUUAUUCGGUCGGUUAAGCCACAUUUUUCCUGUGAAGCAGGUUCUUCCUUUUCAACCUUCCUAUUGCCAUUCAGACGAGCAUUUGCCGUAAGGGCGGCUUGGAGUAUUUAUUUAAAACGGAACUUGGUGUCUUGGUGUUAUAAUCUUUGCAUUCUUGUUCGGGUUCUCUAUUUUUAAGAGUCGUCAUAAGGUCAAAUAUUUCGGCUGACAGCAAACGAAUUCUAGAGUUUAUUUGGGUCACGGGACAAGAAACAAACGAAACGAGAGUGUUCGUUUAACUUGCAUUUGUUUCGAUUUAUUGUUUUUGAAGCGAAACCGUUCGUCCAAAUCGUUUAUUGUGCUUUGGCAGUACAUCGGAGCAGUCAAUCUGCACAGUCGCUAUUACCUUCUUCUGCAUCUCUUUUGUUGCUUGUAUGCCAUUUAGGGCCAUUAUUCAUUCGUUGUAUCACAAAAGCGCAUUGAUAAGCAUUACUUUGCUCUCUUGCUCAAUUAAGCCAACUUACCUGUUUUCGCACUUUCGUUCAGCAUUUUCCUACACAUAGAGUGGCUACGGUCUGUAACAGAUAUCUGGCUUUUCUUAUAUCACCUUUUAGGUCAAAACGAACACAGUUCAGCACUUCUUUGGCUUUUCGAGACGUUCAAAAAACUACGUUUCGGACAUAUCCACGGUCUACGUUAAUUCCUAUUAUUACAUAUCUCCCCUAUGAACCAUUACGCUUACCCAGAAACGCCAGGCAAGCGAUUUCGCCCUUCCCUGCCCGGGACAAUGUCCAAGCAAACGAGUCCUGUGGACAAACCAGUGAAAAGGCGAACUAAAACUGGCUGUUUCACUUGCCGCCGGCGUCGUAUUAAAUGUGAUGAGGCUAAACCUUAUUGCAUGAAUUGUACGAAAUCGAACAGGAAAUGUGAAGGCUACGCUGUUCCUGUGCCAUCGGCAGCGCAUCCUCUCGGAAACGGUUCUCCACCAGAUCCUACGGCGGCGAAUGCUGCAGUGGGACAUCCGGUGGCUAUAGCGGGAAGCAUUGUACCCCCAAUGCCUUCGCCUUCUGCUGGCGAUAAUCCCGGAGGUGUACCGGGACUCAUGCCAAACGAAUUACCCCAGCUGAAUCACCCGCAAGCCGCAAAUCCUAUGGCACAGCGCCAGGGAAUGAAGCCAAUGGCCCAUCCUCUAGGACUUGGUCCCCUUUCCGCGCAUCUGUCAAACCCGAAUGCUCACACGAUCAAUCCUAAUCCCCUUGUUGGAGCAACAGCGGAACAGGGUGUUUUAAAUCCUAUGGGUUCGUCAAGUUUCACAUUGCCGAUGGUGCCCCCGUAUUAUGCUUUUAAUGGCGUUUCUUCUAGUUUUUCGAGUUACUCCUUUUGUGAUUUUUCUCCUUUUUAUUUUUACGACGUUGUACCUUCUCUUUGGGCAUUUGAUUUUGACCACGACGUUGCCUUGCAACUCUGGUCGGUUGUAAUUCCUCAAUUGGCUCGAUCGGUAUCGGCUGUCGCUUAUUCGUUAAUGGCAUUUACAUCAAUUAAGCGCCUUGAUGUAUACAACGCUUACACUUGCAUGGUGCAGGCGCUUCGUGCUCCUCAACCGGAUCCUGGUUCGCUCGAGUCGAAAAUUAUUUAUUCUUUUUUGGCCGUUACCCAACUGCAUUUACCUGGUUGUGAUAUUACAUUUAUCAAUAAUGCUAUACGCAAAAUUCUCUGGUCAACAGAAGUCAAGAUUGAUUACCUGAACACUUUGUUGGCCAUGGUGACUCGGGAACUUGUGUUUGCGGUUUUGCAGCGUCGUUACGUUCCAAAUUUUGACGGUAUGCCCCUGGCCGCUAUGAACAUUGUUCGUAGUCAUGCGUCGAUUUCCGAUUCUCUCUUCAAUAUUGCACUCAAAAUAGUGUCACAACCCAUGGUGCCCUUGGAACAACAUAGAGAGAAAAUCAUCGAAUGGCGCGAUCGGUAUCAUGUCAACUUAUACUCUAAUGCAGCGACUCCCUUGGCCAAAGUUCUAGAUUGUGUGGGUCAUGCUGUCACUAAGAAUGACAGCGACUUACUGCAUGGUCUUCAGCAACUUAUGUCGGAUGAUUGCUCAAAUGUUGCCGUUGUUCAUUCAGCAUAUACCUGUGUCUUGUCAUUGCAGAACGUUUUUCCACCUAAUUCGCCGGCGGUCCGAACCCAAUCAGAGAUUGAAUCGUUCUUUGGCAAGCGACUGCUCGUUCAUUUGUUCGAAUGCAGUGGUACAGAACGCAUGUUUAACAGCGUAAAUAAAAGCAACGAGGCGGUUAUCCGAAAAUGGGACGGCGAAAAUGUACAGUAAAAAUAAUGAUUAUCCAAUCUGCCUAAAGCAGUUGGAUAUACCAAACUCUCACAUUGGUUAGAAUGCAUCAUUUCCAUCAUUUUAUUAUUAAAUAAGUUUCUGCUUCUCUUCUAACAUGUUAAUGGUGCAAGGAUGAAUGAACGGUGAUUGUAUUUAGUGAGCUGUCUUUAUAAUAAUCUAAUCAUGCGUUGUUUGCGUCCUGCGUUCGCGUCGUCAUCAUUAAA